AUGGCGGCCUACGGCAUGAGACAGCGCAGAUUUCCACUGACAUCCCAGCAGCCUCGACCUCAAUUUCCAAAUCAAGGAUACCUACCCAACGGAACAAGCUCUGGGCCUACUCCUGGAGCCCAAGCUCUUCUCCCGAACAAUGGUCGCAUUAUUCAGUCUGGCCCGGUCCGAGUUCUGUGUAUCGCAGACGUUCGAGGCAAUCUCAAAUCUCUGAAUGAACUUGCCAAAACCGCAAAAGCCGAUUACAUCCUCCACACUGGCGACUUCGGUUUCUACGACAAUACCUCCUUAGAGAGAAUCGCUGAGAAGACUUUGAAACAUGUCGCCCAGUACUCCCCGCUGCUCAGUGAGAAUGUCAAGCGUCAGAUCACUCAACCUGCGCCGCCACGACCGAUCAAGCAAAUGUUCUCGCCGGAUCAACUGCCGCUGUCCGAGCUGCCUCUCCUCCUGAACAAGCAGAUAACUCUGGACGUGCCUGUUUACACGGUGUGGGGUGCUUGUGAAGAUGUCCGAGUAUUGGAACGUUUCCGAUCCGGGGAAUACAAGGUGGAUAAUCUACACAUCAUUGAUGAAGUCAACUCCCGGUUGCUUGACAUUGGCGGAGUGAAGCUGCGGCUGCUAGGGUUGGGUGGUGCGGUCGUCAUUCAUAAGCUCUUCGACAACGGUGAGGGCAAGACGUACAUUGCAGGAGGGCAAGGAACAAUGUGGACGACGCUGCUGCAGAUCGGCGCUCUGAUUGACACAGCCAACCGUGUCUACGAUCCUUCAGAAACACGAAUCUUCUUGACGCACGCCUCGCCUGCACGGGACGGAAUACUCAACCAGCUGUCGGUCACAUUGAAAGCAGAUUUCUCCAUCUCUGCGGGUCUGCAUUUCCGAUAUGGCAGUUCGUACAACGAGUUUUCCGUCAAUCCGUCUUUGGACCACUAUCGGGGAAAACUGGCUGCCUCCAAGGCCUCAUUUCAAGAUGUCUGGGAGACGGUCAAAAUGGAUGUCGAGCAAGCGAUCGAAUCUAAUGCUAGUCACAAGGCUUUACUUCACAGUGCUCUGGAGAUUGUUGAGAAGAUGCCCAGUACUGCCAACGGAGGCAAUCCUUUCGGUGGUCCUGUUGGUGGAGGGCCAGCCGCCGGCCAGGUGGACGAGAGCGCGUUCAAGAAUAUGUGGAAUUUUAAUCUUGCGGAUGCUGCGUUUGGUUACCUCGUCCUCGAGAUCGAAGGCGGCCGAAUCGGCACAGAAAUGCGUGCACAAGGUUUCAACUUUGCUCACCGAGGCAAGCCCACACCUGCUCCGUCAGCUGCACAGUCUUCUACGACUACCGCUGCCCCUCCGCCCACGUCUGUCCCGACCGGCCCGGCUCAAAACCGUACUCCAGCAUUCACCGCACCAACGCAGCCUUUUCCACAACCGCAGAAGCCCUCACAGCAACAGCCAAGACCUGCUCCGCAGCCGCAGACGGCACCGGCAGCUGCUUCUAAGUCUGCUACGCCACCUGCCGCCAGCUCACCUGCGCCUCCAGCCACGCAAGCGAAGCCUCUUACCCCUCAACCAUCAUCUGCAGCAGUGCCAACGGCAUCUGCACCUGCCAAGCCUGCCACUCCCGCUACGAAUGGCACGGGCGCAGACAAAGCCGACGAUGCAGCCAAAACAAAGGCCAGUACACCUCCGGUCGAACGCAAACCCGCAACUGCUCUCUACGUCUCGUUUGCGGACAAUGAGCAGCAUGUCAAGGAUUGUCUGGCUGAGGAGGAUCGAGAAAAGGUCAAGUCUAUUGUAAGAAUGGGCAACAAGUUCAAUAACUGGAAGGUGCAAUUUGAGAACCACGACAUUGCGCAAGCUGCAUUGACUCGGGCUCAAGCCGAGAUCCAGAAGAUGAGGAGUGGCGGCAACAAGGCUCCCAAGAUUGCAUUCUUUGAAGACCGAGGCACUCCUUUCCAUCACCGCGAUAAUCAAAACCACAGCCAAGGGGGCGCAGGCACAUGGCAGGGCAGCAGCCGCGGUGCAGCUUCGGCAGCCGGUGGUCCGGCUCGUGGAGGAUAUCAGAGUGGGGGAGCGAGUGACAGUGAAGGUGGACGGGGCCGUGGCGGAUUCCGUGGGCGUGGCCGCGGCCGAGGCGACGAUCGAGGCGGACGCGGUGGACGGGGAAGCGGACGGGGCAGCUAUCAGAAUAAGACCAGCGACGAAACGUCGGACGCAAAGCCCAGCGAGUCCAAGCCCAACGAGUCUAAGCCGACAGCCACAUCUGGGGAUAGCUGA